AAAACGUUCGACGAAAAUAACAACAAAUCAUUUUCCAUACAAAUUUUUUUUUAUCCUGAACGUCGUAGGAAAAUCGUAGAAGAUUUCCACUUUACAACCCGCGUACGCCACACGGCACGCCACAAAAUGGGGAACAAACAGGUGAAGCAACACUUUGAGACUGCGAAGAAAACGGGCGUGCUGAAGAUCUCCCUCCUCCGGCUGGACGAAUUUCCCUCCGCGCUGAAAACAUUCCCCAACGUGCUGAAAACGCUGGACAUAUCGGAAAAUCGAUUCACGGUGCUGCCCGAAGACAUAGCCAAAUUUACGCUCCUCAAGCAUCUGAACGCGAGUGGAAACAAAAUCGCCACCGUACCCGAGUGUAUCGGCGUGCUGGUCAAGCUGGAAACGCUCAACAUGAUGAACAAUCUGCUCACGUCCGUGCCGCGCAGUUUGGCCAGCUGCACCCAUCUGAAGCAGGUGAUACUUAGCAACAACCAGAUCACCGCGUUCCCGGUAGUGUUCUGUGAGCUGAAGCAGCUGGACCUGCUGGACCUAUCGCGGAACAAAAUCACGGAGGUUCCGCCGGAGGUGAAAUCGUUGCAGGUUACCGAGCUAAACUUGAACCAAAACCAAAUCACCAUCGUCGCGGAAGAGAUUGCCGACUGUGGGAAGCUAAAGACGCUCCGGCUGGAGGAGAACUGUCUCCAGAUAGCGGCCAUACAUCCGAGAAUUUUGAUCGAGUCGAAGGUGUGCAAUCUGUGCGUGGAUGGGAAUCUGUUCAACUCGAAACAGUUCACCGAGGUGCAGGGAUACGACGCGUACAUGGAACGGUACACGGCGGUGAGGAAAAAGAUUUCCUAGACGAUUCCUUCGCUCCCACCGGAGACUCAAUCCCAAUUUGGCGAGGCAGUUUACAGGCCCUGUGGCACACGUGUUUGGAUGUAACUUUAUUCGAAAACCCCCUAUCACCCAUCUAUCACGCAUCUUUUUAUCGAAAGGCAGGCAACGACAAUGCAGUGUACGUGUACAACCACAUCGCUUGUGUUGAUAGAUCUAUUUAGUCGCUAAGACAUGGUUGGCGUGCUGUGCGGAUAGCCGGAACUAAAACCAAUAUUUUGUUAUCGUUUGCAUAUUUUGAAAUAAAUUGUACGUUUUAAAGCAUCGA